AUUUUCCUUAGCAAAAAAAAAACAAAAAAAAAAGCUGAGAAUAAUACGCAUUUGGGAGCUGUCAACAAGAAGAAACUUCCUCUUUUCAAUUCCUUUGUUGAGUUAGAAACGUAACAAUGGCCAAGUCUAAGAACCAUACCAACCAUAACCAAAACAAGAAGGCUCACCGUAACGGUAUUAAGAAGCCCGCUGCUCACAAGUACCGCUCUCAAAAGGGUUUGGAUGCCAAGUUCCUUCGUAACCAACGUUUCGCCAAGAAGGGCACUCAAAGAGCUCUUGCCGCCGCUACCAAGGCUUAAACAGUUUUAGGAUGAUUCAUAUUUUAUUAUAAUUCAACAAUAAAAGUCUCCCCCCAAAAAAAAGCUGUUCAAUUGCUCUUUAACAUUGGAAAUGGUUAUUUAGAAAAAAAAAAAUGUUUUAAUGUGAAUUUGAUUUACACGCUAGUUUAUGAUUUUAUGAAUUUAUUUAUUGACUCUGUCCUUUUUUAUUUAUUUAUUUUUUCUUUUUUUUUU